AUGAGUGCAGAUCAAAUGCUUGAUGGGAUUACACUUGUUAGUAUUAGGUCAGGGCCUUUUAAUCGUCUACAAGAUCAGUCCACGCAAACCCCGCCACCUAAAAAACGGAAAUUUAAUCUUCUUCCGAUUUUUAAUGAAAAUCAGAAAAAGCAAGAAUAUUUUUAUAGGAGGAAAUCACAUAGUCCGAAUACAAAAAUAAACUUGAGAAGCCAAACUCCGACCCUGCCAAAUUUAACCCCAAGUUAUAAAAAUAUAAUCAGCAAGUCAAGAAUGGCAUUUCCAAGACUAAAAAGAAGUUCAAAGCCAAUUCGGUUAGAGCCUUGGCUUGAAAGUGCGAAGCUUUUAAGCAGAAUGCCAAGAUAA